AUGAUUGAUCGCGAACGAGCAGAGGAAAUGCAAGUCAAUAAUGAGGCACCACUAGGGUGCCUCAAGCCAAAUAUUUCUCAGUAUAACUCUCCAGAGCAGAGAGGUGGAGUUGAAGGGUUUCCUGAGAACAAUGAAAAAAGGAAUGAUAUUGUUGCUGCGGAAAAAAUCUGGGAGUCGUCUCCUAUUCCAAAUCAAGGCCUUAGCAGGCCCUUCUACCGACAAGAAUUUUAUGCCUGGCCAUAUAUUUAUUCAGAUUAUCAAAUGGUGCGUCAGCCACUACCUUAUGGUUUUGACAACCAAUUUUAUCAGAUAAAUAGGGACCACGGUUUCCCUAUUGAGAACAGAGUUCAGUAUCUUCCAUUCAAGAUGCUCCCUCAAGGUCACCCCCAUGAUGCACAGCUUCAGGAAUUUCAGUAUUUCGUGGUUAUUGACUUUGAAGCAACCUGUGACAAGGUGAACAAUCCAUUUCCACAAGAAAUCAUUGAGUUUCCAUCUGUCUUGGUUAACAGUGCAACUGGAAAACUCGAAGAAUGCUUCCAAACAUAUGUUCGGCCGACGUAUCAUCAAUUUUUGACCGAUUUUUGCAAGGAGCUUACUGGCAUACAGCAGAUUCAGGUGGACAGAGGUGUGCCUCUAGGUGAAGCCUUACUCAUGCACGAUAAGUGGCUAGAGGACAAGGGCAUCAAGAACACAAACUUUGCUAUUGUGACCUGGUCUAACUGGGACUGCCGUACAAUGCUGGAAUCAGAAUGCAGAUUUAAGAGAAUCAGGAAGCCCCCUUAUUUUAACAGGUGGAUCAACUUGAAGGUACCUUUCCAGGAAGUGUAUGGGGAUGUCCGCUGCAACCUGAAGGAGGCAGUCCAGUUGGCUGGCCUUACAUGGGAGGGGCGUGCUCACUGCGGGCUUGAUGAUGCCCGCAAUACUGCUCGCCUCCUGGCACUUAUGAUGCACCGGGGUUUCAAGUUUUCUAUCACCAACUCACUUAUGUGGCAACCUGCUCCACAGUCAACAACUUGCCAAUUAUCCCCCGACCGCUCUCCAGAUCCAGUCCAACAGCAGCAGAAACCAAAAGAGAUGCUGGGAUCUCCUGUGCAGGUUAACCCAUACGCCACCUCUGCAGGGAAGGACAGAGCGAUGUACUGUUACUGUGGAGCGCUGAGCAGGUGGAGCGUUGUGCGCAAGCCAGGACCCAUGCAGGGACGUUGUUCAGUGAGUGUUGAAAGUAUUGAUCAAAUUAAAGGUGGUUUGUUGCUGAAAUGCAGAGCACACCACCCACCAGCUCCGGCGCCAUGUCCCGCCCCGACACGACCUCGCUCCUCUACCCCUCGCCGCCGCUGGCAAAACCCCACCCGCGCGGCCGUUUCCUCUGCCUCCUCUCCUCCAUGCUCGCCGUCCUCGGCGCCUCCCUCGCGGUGCUCCUCUUCUGCGCCCAACCCGGUGCCGAACUACGAGGCGCUCUUCCUCUCCCUCGGAUCCAACGACACCGCCGCCUCGCACCUACGAGCGCUCACUCUCCAUCCGCACGUCGCGGGGACCAAGGCCAACGCCCUCACCGCCCGCUACGUGCUCGACGCGCUCUCCUUCCCCGCCCACAUCACGCCUUACUCCGUCCUCCUCUCCUACCCCGUCCACCGCUCCCUCUCCCUUUCGGCGCGAGGCCGCGGCGUCGUCACCUCCUUCUCCCUGAAGCAGGAGACCUACCCCAACGACCCCUACGCAGCCGCCGCGGCGGAGACCAUCCCGACGUUCUACGCCUACGCGGCCUCCGGGUCGGUCUCCGCGGAGGCCGUGUACGCCAACUACGGCCGCGAGGAGGACUUCGCCUACCUCGCCUCCCGCGGCGUGGACGUCGCGGGUAAGGUCGCGCUCGCGCGGUACGGGAGGAUCCACUGCGAGGACAUCGCGCGCGCCGCCGGCGCCGCGGCCGCGGCUGUGUACACUGACCCGCUGGAGUACGGCGGCGCACCCGGUGAGCGGUGGUUCCCCUACUCGCGGUGGCUGCCGCCCAGCGGCGUGCAGGUGGGGAGCCUGUUCCGGGGCGUGGGCGACCCGACGACGCUGAUGUGGGCGUCGUCCGAGGGCUGCGAGCGCGUCAGCGUGGAGGAGGCCAUGAACACCGAUGACAUGCCGCUCAUCCGGGCGCUGCCGGUGUCGGCUCAGGACGCAAUGGAGAUACACAGAGCCAUGGGCGGGGCCAUGGCGCCGGCGGACUGGCAGGGCCGAGAGGGCAGCCCCGGGAAUGAUACGAUGGCAACGAUUGAGAAUGUCUUUGCCAUUAUCGAAGGCGCCGAAGAGCCCGAUAGAUAUGUCAUUCUUGGUAACCAUCGUGAUGCUUGGACGUUUGGUGCAUCCGAUCCCAACAGUGGAACAGCAGCUAUGAUUGAGUUAGCUCAAAGGUUUUCAAUGCUGCAAAAGCAAGGGUGGAGACCUCGAAGAACCAUUAUCUUCUGUAGUUGGGAUGCGGAAGAAUACGGACUGACAGGAUCUACUGAAUGGGUUGAAGAAACCUGGGAGAUGUUAUAUUCUAGAGCUGUUGCUUAUCUGAAUAUUGACGUUUCAGUCGUUGGUCCAGGAUUCCUGCCUUCUACAACUCCCCAACUCGACGAGUUACUUCACCAAGUAACUAAAGUGGUUCAAGAUCCUGAUAAUUCAUCUCAGACUGUGUAUGAUUCAUGGAUUAAAUCGAGCAUUCCUCCCCAGGUUCUAAGACUAGGUGAUGGAGGAUCAGACUAUUCAGCAUUCGUCCAACAUGUUGGUAUUCCUUCGAUGAAUAUAAUUUUUGGUGAAGGACCAGGAUAUCCGGUUUACCACUCCUUAUAUGAUGACUACAUAUGGAUGGCAAAAUUCGGAGAUCCUGGGUUCCGUAGGUAUGUGGCAGCUGCUAGCAUAUGGGGAAUGAUGGCUUUGAGGUUGGCAAAUGAAGAGAUCCUACCCUUCAAUUACAUGUCCUAUGCAAUUGAGCUUGAGGAAUACACAAAGGCGGUAGAGAAUGAAGUGAAGGGAACAACUGUCACUUGUUCCCCACUGUACAACUCAAUCAGAACUCUCAGAGCGGCAGCUACCAAAGUGAAUAGCGAACAAAAGGUGUAUGGACCUUCAGAUCAGAAUGACUGGGAUACUGCGAUCUAUCCCGGUAUAGCCAAAGCAAUAGCCAGCGCUCGGAGCAGCAACACUUCGGAGUCGUGGAAGUUUGUACAGCAUGAGGUCUACAGAGUGGCCAGGGCCGUGACACAAGCAUCUGCUAUACUGAGUGGUCGUCUGACAUGA